CUUUUAUUCGUGCAUUUUUUUCACGUGCGACUUUGUAAACAAAUUUUUGAAAUUUUAAAAAUAUAAUAAUGAAAAAUAAAGACGAAUCUAUAAAAAAUAAUGAAGAUCCAAAUGUGGAAGCAUUUAAAUUUUUUGAAAAAACCAAAAAUCGCAAAGUUUCACCAAAGAGUAAUAAAUUCCCUAAGCGUCCAUUGUUUUUAUUUCCAUUGAAACGUAAAACCAGAUUAAAAUCGCAAACAGUUGAAACAGCACAUAAUUUACCUGAUGGUGAAUUUGAUAUAAACAAAGAGGAUUUGGAUACGACCGAGACAGGUAUGGCGCCGUUAAGAAAGGAAACAAACUGGCCAGAUAAUAUUACCUCUCCAGAUAAAAGUAGUUAUAUUAAGGAAAAACUAAAAGAGGAAGAAGUAAAGAGUAAGAAAAAAGUUUAUCAGCCAAUGCGACGUACAACUAGAUUAAAAACGGAAAUUUUUGUUGAAAGUUUUCCACUUAAUUCCGAUGAUGAAGGUGAUACAAACAAAGAGCAGGAGCCGGAAGCAAAUAUUACUUCUGCAAAUAAAAGACUUUUUAGCGAUUUAGAUAAGGAUGAGUUUGAGAAAAACGUUAAAAGGCCAAAGCGUCGUUCUGCUAGGUUAAAAUCGGAAAGUUUUCAUAAUACGCAAGAUGAAGAAAUGGAUAAAAGCAAAGAUGAUUUUAACAACACAAAUAAGGAAAGCAUGUUACCUAGUAUAAAUACACCAAAGGAUAGCAUGUUUAGUGAUUCAAAUGUGGAGGAUAAUGACAUACAUAUAACAAUCAAUAAAAUAGUAGGCUCCCUAGAAGAUAGCACACAAACAAAGAGCAAAAAGAGAAAGCCGGAAAAGAAAUCUGAACUAGAUGAUAGUUUUGAAAAGAUGGCUGAUAAUUUGCUGGAAACCAUUGACACAAAUGUCAUUGUGGAUAUGAUGCAGAACACUAGUUUAGAUAGCCAAAAGUCUGAAGAUGAAACUAAUGCGACCAGAAGAUCAAAAAGAACAAGGAGAUUAACACAAAGUGAAAAUUGUAAUGGAAAUUUUGAAAAAAAGAAUUCGAAUGCUAAAUCAAGCAUAAAGAACGGUACCAAAUCUUUGGUAGAAAUGUUUGAAAAAGUAAAUGGUGGGAGUGAAUUGGAGCACAAUAACUUUAAGGAAGACGAGCAUCAGCAAUUAGAUUCUACGAAAAAAGACAAAGGGAAUACAAUAAAACCUAAAUCUCCCAAAAAAAGAGGUAGAAAGUCUUUGGCAGAAAAAUCUGAAGAAGUAAAUGAUCAGCGUAAGUUAGAUGAUUAUAUUGUGAAAGAUGACCAACAACAGCAUUUAGAUUUUACUAACAAAGACAAAAGGCAUACUGCAAAAUCAGAAGAAAAACCUAAAUCUCCUAUAAAAAGCUUGAGAAAGUCUUUGUCAGAAAAAUGUGAAGAAGGAAAUGAUAGGAGUAAGUUAGAUAAUCAUAAUGGUGAUAAACAGAUUUUAAAUUUCGCUAAUAAGAAAAAUGCAAAGUCUAGAGCAAAAUCUAAAUCUUCCAGAUUGUCUUUGUCAGAAAACUAUGAAGAAGAAAUUAACGAUGGCAAUGUGGAUUACUCAACAGCGGCACAAAAUUUAAAUGAAUCUAUUGAAAUGAACAAAAACGAUGACAAUAAUGUAAAUAGUAGUUUAAGUGAUAAUGAUGACCAAGAAAUUAAUUUAACUUACAAUGAAGAUAAUGAAGAAGAUGAUGAGAAUGUAAAAGAAAAUAACAAUUUAGAUAUAGAGAAUAUAUUACAAGAUAAACAACAAACACAGCCAUUAAUUUCCAAUAAUGAUACGAUUUUAAAUUUAAAAAAAUCUAAUGAAAUACCUAAAAAACGAGGCAGAAAACCGCGUACAGAAAAAUCAACUACGGAUGCAAAAAUAGCGGAACAAGUUCCUAAAGUACCCAAAAAACGGGGUAGAAAACCGAAAAAUUUAAAUAAUGUACUGAAAGAAACCGGCAAUAAUACUGAUAAACGCUUAAAGAAAAUGAACAAAACCACAGAUGAUGAUCAAUCAGUAAAUGGUACAAUUGAUAGUAUUGAUAAUGAUGCCGAUGUAGUGGAAGGAAGACCUAGAAGACGCAGUCAUCUCAAUAAUAACACAGCAGAUAACAUAUCAGAUGGCUCAGUUGAUACAAAAUUUACUAGUCCAAAAAAUGCAAAAGUACGUGGUAAAUCAAAAGUACUUAAAGUCAAUGUAGCAAAAGCCCUAACAAAAAACAAAACUAAAAAAUUUAGUAAACUAACAAAAGAAGAUUUCAAACAAGGUGGAAAAAGAAAAAUUCCCCAAAAAUGUCUGGAGGAAGUAUUGGCAAUAAUAGAUGAUGAAGAUCAUCCUAUUUGGGAGGAUCGUAAUAUAUCAUGUAAUCCUUCCAUUUAUACGUACUGGCAACAACGGGCUCAUGCGGUAUCUGAACAAAAUCUAAAAAUAAAAUACGCACGUCAAUUUCUGUUACGUCGAGACUGGAUUAAUAUGUACAAAAUAUUAAGUUUAUUUAAUACAAAGAUAAAUAAUUACUAUCCCUUAAUGUCAAAGUAUGCUGCAUUAUUGUUGGCCCAUACGGAUGCGGAACAAUUUAAUAAAUAUAUACAAUUCCUAACUAGUAUGGUUGACAGCAGUGCUGUUCUCAAGAAAUGUACGGGAAUGCCGAAGGAUCAUUAGAGUUUUUAAAACGUGCGAUAUAAGUCGUUUUUUAUUUUUUGUAUUUUUAAAGUAACAUUUUUAUGUAAAUAAUAUAAUCGUUGAAUAAAUGAAGUUAAGGAAAGAAAAUAAUGUAUAUGU